CACAAAUUAAUGGCCAUCAUUUAGAAAUCGUAGCCUAUGAUCUUAUUCAUGAUCGGGUAUGGCGGAUUCGAUACUGAAGGUCUACUCCGCGAAGCCAAUUCUUCCGGACGUGUCUCGUGUUCUUGCUUGCCUCUACGAGAAGGAUGUCAAGUUCGAGCUUAAAAACUUGUAUCCGGGCCACCAUAUUGCCCGUGACUUGCUCACUCUCCAGGCAUCUACAAGAUCACCGGUUACAGCGUGGGAAGAUGGACAAACUUUGCUAUUUGAAUCUAGAGCGCUAUGCCGUUACAUAUCGGAGAAGUACGCGGAUCGCGGAAACCGUUAUCUCCUGGGAAAAGACAUCCUCGAGAGAGCCUCCAUUGAGCAAUGGCUGAAGCUCGAGGAGCAGAGCUUCGACCCCCUGAGCCGGGACCUGACCUUCCACCUCGCCUUCGCCGUCGAGCCCUGCGACCGCGCCUUGCUCGUCAGCGGAGCGCAAAAGCUAACCAGUGUCCUCGACGCCUACGAUCAGCGACUAGGCGAUUACGAGUUCCUCGCCGGCGACGAGUUCUCCCUCGCCGAUCUGUCGCACCUCCCCAACUCCCACUACAUCGCCCACUCCGACGAGUGGGGCCACCUGUUCGAGUCCCGGAAGAAUGUUCGCCGGUGGUGGCACGCCAUCUCGCGGCGGCCUUCGUGGGAGAAAGUGGUGGAGACUCUUAACGAGGUGGACAUCGAAAGGGGGGAUCAGGAAGAGGAUGCCACUGCAAGCAAAGAAACUCAAAAAGAGAAAUCCAGCCUGCACAUUCUGCCUUCCAAGUCCAGCGGAACUCAACCCCUUACUAGUUUUGUUCCUCAACCUAAAACACAUAAAGUUGAAUUGUUCAAGGGAUCAUCAACUUCAACUUCUGAGCUUCCAAGACAAGAUCCUACCAAACCACAAUCUUCUGAGGGUUCCAAGUUAGGGGAGGAUGAUGGGCCAACUUCUUCUAAAUCCUCUGGAGCUACUUCAACACAAUCAACUCCAAGUACAGACAUGAGUGCAAAACCAACACAAGCAUCAUCUACUUCAACUUCAGAGGUACCAAGAGAAGAUUUUGUCAAGCCAUCAUCUUCUCUAACACCUACUGCUAGUCAAGCAAGCUUAGCAGCUACCGAUGAUUCCACCCCAAGAAAGGAUGACAAAUUGACUUCUUCUCCAUCCACUGGAACUACAUCGCAAUCGACUCAAAGUACAACAGAAAAAUUACAAUCAAGUCAGAGUUUAUCCACUUCAACACCAACCUUAUCCCAAGCAACUUCACCGACUGAUUAUUUUGCAUUAAAGAAUGAUAGAGUGGUGACUUUAGAGUCCUCUAAAACUACUCCUAUGCAGCCAACUAGAAGUACAACAAAGAAUUUAGAACAAAUUGAUACCCUAUCAGUUUCAACUUCAGAGGAUUCAAAAAAAGUUAUUGAGACAUCAUCCACUAUCACAUCUGACGCUACUAAAGCAACUUCAAAAACUAUUAAUGUAGGCUCUACUUCUGAUUCCACCUCAAGAAAGGAUGACAAAAUGAUUUCUUCUCAGUUCAUUGGAACUACAUCACAAUCGGUUCAAAGUACAAUGGAAAAUAAAGAAUCAAGUCAGAGUCUAUCAACUUCAACGUCAAAGACUUCAACACCAACCUUAUUCCAAUCUCCAUCUUCUCCGACAUCUACCACCAACCAAGCAACUUCAUCGAGUAAUGAUUCCACCUCAACAAAGGAUGGCAAAAUGACGUCUUCUCAAUCCAUUGGAACUACAUCACAAUCAGUCCAAAGUACAAUAGAAAAUAAAGAAUCAAGUCAAAGUUUAUCAACUUCAACGUCAAAAACAUCAACACCACCCUUAUCCCAACCACCAUCUUCUUCAACAUCUGCUACUCAAAUAACUUCAACUACUACUGAUGCUUCUACUCCUUCAACAAAUGGUAGAUCAACUACUCCACAAGCUCAGAAUACAACAACGAAUACUCAAUCGAACUCCUUGCCAUCAACCCAAGGGUCUCCAUCUGUGAGCCAGGGCGGCCCUACAUCACGAUCAGUCCAAAGUACAAUGAAAAAUAAAGAAUCAAGUCCGAGUUUAUCAACUUCAACGUCAAAGACUUCAGCACAAACCUCAUCCGAAUCACCAUCUUCUCCAACAUCUACCACCAACCAAGCAACUUCAUUGAGUGAUGAUUCCAUCUCAAAAAAGGAUGACAAAUUGACUUCUACUCAGUUCAUUGGAACUACAUCACAAUUUGGCCAAAGUACAAUGGAAAAUAAAGAAUCAAGUCAGAGUUUAUCAACUUCAACACCACCUCCACCAUCUUCUCCAACAUCUGCUACUCAAAUAACUUCAACUGCUACUAAUGCUUCUACUUCUUCAACAAAUGGUAGGUCAACUACUCCACAAGCUCAGAAUACAGCAGCAAAUACUCAAUCGAACUCCUUGCCAUCAACCCAAGGCUCUCCAUUUGUAAGCCAAGGUGACCCUACAUCACAAUCGGCCCAAAGUAUAAUGAAAAAUAAAGAAUCAAGUCAGAGUUUAUCAACUUCACCGUCAAAUACUUCAACACCAACCUCAUCCGAUUCUCCAUCUUCUCUAACAUCUAUCACCAACCAAGCAACUUCACCGAGUGAUGAUUCCAUCUCAAAAAAUGAUGACAAAUUGACUUCUACUCAGUCCAUUGGAAAUACAUCACAAUUGGGCCAAAGUACAAUGGAAAAUAAAGAAUCAAGUCAGAGUUUAUCAACUUCAACACCACCUCCACCAUCUUCAACAUCUGCUACUCAGAUAACUUCAACUACUAGUGAUGCUUCUACUCCUUCAACAAAUGGUAGAUCAACCAUUCCACAAGCUCAGAAUACAGCAGCAAAUACUCAAUCAAACUCCUUGCCAUCAACCCAAGUUUCUCCAUCUGAGAGCCACAGUGGCCCUACAAAUCCAGCAAAUAAAACUAAUGUCACAGUAAGGUACAAUUUCAACAACUUCACAAGGAUCAACAACUCCAUCUACUAAUACAACACCAAGUAAUGCUCAACCGGAUUCAACUAAUGAGCAUUCAAAGUAACAAGAGGAGAAAGCUCAGCCAAAGACUCCUCCAAAAGACUCUCCUAAUGAAUCCAGUAACUGAGAAAACAAUUUCCUUGUACUUCGACUGCUACCUGAAUUAUUUUUUAUCAGUUAAUGAACCUUUACUUAUUGUUGUUUCUGGCUUUCUUGACAGUUUAUCUACCAAUAUGUAACUUAACACUUGGUGUGAUAUUCUAAUAACUUCUGUUUGUGGAGUUGAUCA